AAAGCUGUCAUACCGAGUGUGCUCGCCUGAACGCCCGGAGAAGAGUCGAAGCACAGAGCCAGGUGACAUAACGCGGUGUUGGCAACAAGGUGGCGUGAGAGAGGUUCCAAGUGAAGGGGGCAAACAGACAUCACUCAUCCGAGACAGGAGCGGAGCGAGGCGGGGGAGGCGACCGACCCGACAGGCCGACCGCUGGAAUCUGUGACAUUUUUCCACCGGGACCUCUCUAGGGGCAACAUACGCGCUGUGAGAAAGGGGAGACGCGGCGUUGUUUUUCGCAAGCUUCGAGGUGGUGUCUUGUUUGGUUGGUGAGAGAACGUGCGGACAGGCUGUCUCACACUAAACUAUGGAAUGCUCUCUGCACCCAACAUCACUAGUCUCCAAUCUUUGGACUCACCUGCGCAAGCUUAGUUAACAGCUGUGCUCCACCCCUCUUUCCGACCAGGGGACGAAGAAAAGGAGCAAGCCCCUCAAGUCCUCCGCCAUCCCGGGGGCACUUUCACUUUUUAGCGUAUUUAAGAUUUUAUUCUCUUCUUGUGUGCGGGGUGAAAACAUAUCAAAAUGGAUCUAGAACCGUAUCUAUGGAUGGUGAUUUUCGGCUUCAUCAUUGCCUUCAUUCUGGCCUUUUCGGUGGGCGCCAACGACGUGGCCAACUCAUUUGGCACGGCGGUGGGGUCCGGCGUGGUCACGCUGAAGCAGGCCUGCAUCCUCGCCUCCAUUUUUGAAACGCUGGGAUCCAUGCUGCUAGGGGCCAAAGUGGGUGAGACCAUCCGCAAAGGCAUCAUCGACGUCAACUUAUACAACGAGACGGUGCCUGUGCUCAUGGCAGGCGAGGUCAGCGCCAUGAUCGGCUCGGCGGUAUGGCAGCUCAUCGCCUCCUUCCUCAAACUGCCCAUUUCCGGAACCCACUGCAUUGUGGGCGCCACUAUUGGGUUCUCCAUGGUCGCCAUAGGCACCAGGGGCGUCCAGUGGAUGCAGCUGGUCAAGAUUGUGUCGUCGUGGUUCAUCUCCCCCUUGCUGUCUGGGCUCAUGUCCGGAGUCCUCUUCCUUCUUAUCAGGAAUACCAUUCUCAACAAGGAAGAUUCCGUCCCCAAUGGCCUGCGAGCACUGCCCCUCUUUUACGCCACCACCAUUGGGAUCAACACCUUCUCCAUCUUGUACACAGGAGCGCCAUUGCUGGGGAUAGAGAUGCUGCCAGUGUGGGCCAUGUUUCUCAUCACCUUGGCAGGAUCACUGGUGUGUGCAGCAAUAGUGUGGCUCUUCGUCUGUCCCUGGAUGAAGAGGAAAAUUGCAAGUCGUCUGAAGAAGGAGCAGGCUUUGUCCAGGAUCUCCGACGAAAGCUUGGAUAAGAUUCCUGAGGAGGAGGAGGAGAGCCCCGUCUUUAAGGAGCUGCCUGGGGCCAAGGGCACAGAUGAGGCUGUGCUGCCGCUCACUGGGGGCAGUAGCGAGAGGAACGCGCGCACCUCCAACAGUGAACUCACCAACUUGACCAACGGAGGCACCGUCAUGCCAAACGGACGAGUUUACGCCCGGACCCACUCGAUGACCAACGGCUGCCUCAAGUCACCCGUCGCUAACGGCAGCUUUACCUUCGACGGCCACAUGCGCAGUGACGGCCAAGUUUACCACACGGUGCACAAGGACUCAGGUCUGUAUAAGGACCUGCUGCACAAAAUCCACCUGGGCCGAAUGGACGACAACGAGCGUCCCGGCGCCACCGCCAACCCUCCCGACAACAACUACCGCCUGCUGCGACGCAACAACAGCUACACCUGCUACACGGCAGCCAUCUGCGGGAUGCCCGUGCAGCCGAUCAUGCGCACGGAGUCUCGCGACGACAGCGAGAAGCUGGUCGGAGAGGGCGGAGGCGGCGGCGGACGCAGCAACAGCGUGUCUUACUCCAAGAAGCGUAUACGCUACGACAGCUACUCGUCGUACUGCAACGCCGUGGCUGAGGCGGAGAUCGAGGCGGAAGAGGGCGGCGUGGAGAUGAAGCUGGCUACCGAGCUGGAGGGGGUGGAAGAAGAAGGGGGAUCCGCACCUUUGCCUCUGGACGACCUGAAUGACGAAGAUCAUGAGGAGAAGGACAAGUCGGAGGUGUUUCUGCUUUUCCACUUCCUGCAGAUUCUCACUGCCUGUUUCGGCUCCUUCGCCCACGGAGGCAACGACGUCAGUAAUGCCAUCGGACCUUUGGUGGCGCUGUGGAUGAUCUAUGACCAGGGUGGUGUGAUGCAGGAUGCCACCACUCCCAUCUGGUUGCUUUUUUAUGGCGGCGUGGGCAUCUGCGCCGGCCUGUGGGUUUGGGGCCGCCGGGUCAUCCAAACCAUGGGGAAGGAUCUGACUCCCAUCACACCUUCAAGCGGAUUUUGCAUUGAAGUAAUGAGUGCGCUAACAGUGCUUGUUGCAUCAAAUGUGGGCAUCCCAAUAAGCUCCACCCACUGCAAGGUGGGCUCGGUGGUGGCCGUGGGCUGGAUCCGCUCCAGGAAGGCGGUGGACUGGCGUCUCUUCAGGAACAUCUUCCUGGCGUGGUUCGUCACGGUGCCCGUGGCCGGCCUGUUCAGCGCCGCCGUCAUGGCCGUCUUCGUCUACGGCAUCCUGCCCUACGUGUGAGGGAGAGAGGCGCUGCCGCCAAGGAGGCCCCGCAAGUCUGAGAGGAAGUCCAGAGAGGUGCUUGCUUAUUGGGUUGCCGGAGGUAAAGGAAGCAGAAAAAUAAAAAGGCCGUGAGGAGGGUUGGUUCAAAAUCUAUAGUACUGUACAUACAGCUCAAAUUCACGUCCCUAAAAAUGCAAAACGUGGUUGAGGCAAUUAUUACUCCAACAAAAAAAGUGUACAUAUUAUUCCUAUCAUGACACAGGAUUUCGUGUGCUCAACCAACCCAUCUCACGUUAGCCAGCUACAAGUGGAGGAAGUGAUGAUGAUGAUGAACGAGGGCUGAUCAGACUGUCUCUGCGUCUUUAUUUUUCGAACACGAUACCAUACAAAGAAAAAAAAUCAAUUGACUAGAGAGUUGAUUUUUUGUGUGUGUGUGUGUCUGGAUGGAUUUUUGAUGUACUAUACAGUAAAUCUGUACUGUAAAUACUGACCUUCAAGAGUUUGAGCGAGUGGGGUGGGAAGGUGGCUCAUGAUUUGUUGUAUUUUUUUAAACUGUCGGGAAAUGGGUUAUUCUCUGCACCUUUUCAUCAUAUUGAGAGUAUGUUUCGUUUUUGCUAUUUUUGUGGGAAAUUCAUCUAUGAGAAGAGAAAAUUUGCUCCUUGUUGUAAUAUCGAGGUGUUGCAAUAGGUGGCGGUAAUGCGCCGCUUUCCUGGUUGCCAACCACCAAUCGAAUAAAAAGUAGAGGACCUAUUUUGCUGCUUAGGUAAAGGCGGCUGUAUUUGAAGAAAAAAAGAGGUGAUUCUCUCACGAGUCACCAUGCCAAAGUCAACUAUAUUAAUCGCCAUGACGACAUUUUAAAAGGUGCAGCGGGAAGCCAAAACGCUCCAAAAAAUGCUCAUAUCUGCCUUGUUCUCGUUUUUGUUUUCUAUCCGUUUGGUGUCACGUGACAAAUGUGCUCCAACGAGAUGCCUCAAUGUGUCAUAUCAAACAAUAGUACAGUAUUAUUAUUCAUAUCGAUAUUAAUAUGCAGAGCUUACUUAUCACGUGUGUAGCUCCUCCAAACCUGCUCUUUGACUCCUAGCAAGUAGAAUGACCUCACCAGUACUGAUCAUCACCAGCUUUUUCACUGGGUCAUGUGACCCGUAGACGAACAAAAGCGUUAAUCUUAUUUUCUUUUAAUUUAUCUGAGCAUAAUCAAGUUGCUUGUGGUGUUUUUUUUUUUUAAACAUGAACAAGUGUUUGCUUACGUGGUAGCCACUUGCCUUUUGUGACACGCUGUGUUUCCUUCGUGCUCAAUCAUUUCGCACUGUGGUGUUUACAUUGUAAACUACCAAUGAGUAUUAGGGCCAGUUGAAAAAUAGAUAAUCGCUCUCCGAGAUUAAGGUCGGAGUUUUACAAGAAUAGAGUUGGAUAUUUUUGGUAAGCUAUAAAAAGGACAUUUAAAAAAUAAUAUAGAAUACUGCAUAUAUAAAUUGGGAAAAUAUGAAUUCGUAAAUGUAGGAAUUUUUCUCGAAAUAUUACUAUUUUUAAAGAAAGACUUCUUUAAUGAAAAUAUUAUCUUGUUCAACUAAAAUGGAAAAUAUCUAGCUUUGGUAAAAAUGACUACAUCUUGAAAAUAUAAGACUUAAUUUAUAAAGUACUGUAUACAUAUUGGGUCGCCCGGUAGUCCAGUGGUUAGCACGUCGGCUUCACAGUACAGAGGUACCGGGUUCGAUUCCAGCUCCGACCUCCCUGUGUGGAGUUUGCAUGUUCUCCCCGGGCCUGCGUGGGUUUUCUCCGGGUGCUCCGGUUUCCUCCCACAUUCCAAAAAAAACAUGCAUGGCAGGCUGAUUGGACGCUCUAAAUUGUCCCUAGGUGUGAAUGUGAGCGUGGAUGGUUGUUCGUCUCUGUGUGCCCUGCGAUUGGCUGGCAACUGAUCCAGGGUGUCCCCCGCCUAAUGCCCGAAGACGGCUGGGAUAGGCUCCAGCACCCCCCGCGACCCUAGUGAGGAUUAAGCGGUUCAGAAAAUGGAUGGAUGGAUGGAUGUAUACAUAUUAACUCUGACAGAAAUACAUCCUAAUUAUUGAAAAUAGGUUACUUUACUUUUGAAAAUGUGAUUUUCUUCAAACUUUUUUCCUAAAAAUCGGAUGCGUUGAAAAAAAAAACAACUCUCGUAAUAUCGUGUAAUAUUACAGCUAAUCUAAAAGAAACACCGAAUUCUCAUAAUAUUGACUAAUAUUGAAAGUAUACAACUUUAAUCUCAAACAUAUACUUCAAAAAAAGACCAUUUGAAAAAACUUUGUCCAAGAACACAAGAAUUCAAUGUUACAGUAUUGUGACUCAAAUAUCCAAUUUUAUUUUUGUAAUAUUGCAACAUUAAUCUUAAAUAGACAUCGUUUUCCUCAAAGAUAUACAACUUUAUACUCGUAAUAGUGACUUUAAUUUUGAAAAUAUACAACCUUUUUGAAGUUCAAAAUAUGAACAAUUAUAAUUAUAAUAUUGUCUUGAUACUGUGCAACUUUGUUCCCACGUUAGGCUUUCAUUUCCCGAUGAUUGCUUUGUUUUGUUUUGUCAGCUUGGCCCUAUUACUCUUUGGUAGUAUUCAUAUCAAAACUGGAAAAAAAAUGUCACCUUGCCUCACAAUGCCAAUGAGCAUUUUCACACGAACCAGAAGUGUCUAGCGAGAGAGAAGAAACGUUUUUGUUAUUUUUGUAGCUGCCGUAACGCUAACCAACCCCACGCCAUUUGAGCGCUACAACUAAAAGACUUUAACUAGAGAGCCUUCAUCAAAACGAUAUAUUUUUCUACAAUAUUUUAACUGGGGAUACGCGUCAGCUGCCGAUAGUUUCAAACGGAACCUCCCAUGUUUGUGUUUGGAUAUUGCGGACGACGACAUACUUUGUAAUUUUGUUUCCCUCCUGUUUGGGGAAAUAGCGCAGGCCCGCGACCAUCUUGCUAGCGUUAGCCGCUUAGCCGGUUGGGCCAAAACAGAGCGAGAAAAGGUGUUCAAGUUGGCGUACAUCGUGGUAAAAGGUAAACUGGACACUGAACUGCCCGUUACUCGUUUCUUUGUAUGGGUGUGAGAGGGGUCUGUAAUCACAGCAAUAAUGGAACAUAAUGGUGAGGCCUGUGUAAAACAAAAAAAAAAACAAUGUGGGUAAAAGUUUUACUCAACAAUGUGUGUGAGGACACAACCUUUUACUGUUUGUGUGUGUGCGCGCGCGUGUCAGGGUGCCGGGGGGGUUGGGGGGGAUGAGAAAUACA